AUGACAAGGUAUCAUAAAUUAAUAAAAGCUAUUAUCAAGAAUGCUACUUCAAAAUAUGAUAAUAGCAAUAAAGAUGAAUAUAAAUUGGAUGAAUUUCUUACUAAUAUUCAAAAACAAAAACAAAAUUUUAAACCAUGUGAACUUGAAGAUGUGUUAACUGAUGAAGAAAAUUAA